GCCCGUUGGGCGUCAGCAUCAAACUCUUUCCCACAUUAACUGAUCAACACCAUGGCAGAACCUAUAGGUAUAGCUUCUGGAGUGCUAGCGUUGGCAUCUUUCGCUUUUCAGUCCAGUAUUACACUAUAUGAGACCGUUCAGAGUUUCCGCUCCCAUCAGAAACGGGUACGCGACCUUCUAGAUGAGCUUGAGGCUCUGAGUGGGGUUCUUGGUCCGCUCGCCGAAACAAUACAGGCGACGACUGACGUAAACCUUUCCGUCCUUGACCUUCCACUACUCCGAUGUGGCAACGCCUGUAACGAGUUUCGGGAGGAAUUAAUCAAAUGCUCAUCACGGUCCGGCGGCAGCCGGACGAGCUUCCGAGACUGGGCCAAAUUAAGAUAUAUGGGGGAUGAUAUCGACGGUUUCAGGCGAGUCCUGGCUCAAUACCAGUUGACGAUCAACAUAGCCCUUACCGAUGCGAACCUUCGUAAAUCAUCCAUCAACGCCGAAAGCCUUGAAGGCUAUAAGGACCUUAUUGAAACAGCCAAGGCUGACCUCGAAGCUCAUCUGGAAAAUAUCGAUGGAAAACUGGAGCUUGUCUUGGGGAAAACAGUGGCCAAUUCCGAUUCGGAUGUGAUAGAAUUGCGCCGCAUCAAAGAGGAACGGUUAAGCACGGAAAAAUGCCUUCAAAUCUGUGCGCAGCUGUCCGAGCACAUCAAACAAAUCCAGCCCACGUCCAAGGACGAGGGUGGUUUCUCUUCAUUGGGUGAUUUAGAUAACUCCCCCGAAAAAGUCACCAACGAGGGUCUGCAGGAAUGCAAAACUAGCCUGAAGCUCACGAUGACGAAGUUAGAAGAGCAUAUGCAGGACUUAAUGAAUCGUUUGCUGGCAAAAUCGAAGUCACCUACGACGUCACAAACCCAGGAGGAGUUUACGGACCUUGCCAGGCUGCGAGAUGAAUGGGAGACGGCUCGUCAAUGCAUGGACAUCUGCACCAAGGCUGACAACAACCUAAAGGAGAACUUCAGCAAAAUUAACAAUUACGCCACCGGUGAUGCCCUUCAAUUCAUGGUUUCGACUAAUGGGAAGAUUCUCCAUGGUAACAACCGAGGGGUUGGGUGGAGAACGAGGCAAGUUGGGGGGUACAUCAGCGAUGCUUCAAUCCAACAGUUGUCACGGGAUAUGACCAACAUCAACUUUCGAAAUCUCGGAAAUGAUGCUCCUAUUCCGCAAGGAAGUUCACCCACCAUCCACAACGAUGAGCCCCGGGUCGAGACACCCUUCGAAUACAGCCAGCGGUAUGGACGAGGCUAUAAACUCCCAUGAUUCCGGACUUAUCCAUGCCCUCGACAUAUUGAAUCGACUUUAAAUCAAGCAGAUCACCAAAAGGAUAAAUAGCUGGUUGCGGAUGGCGACUGCGGGAGUUUGGAUAAAUUUUUAAGAAUAAUGACUCUAUAUAGAAAAUUUACUUGUAUGUCAAGAUAUCCAAAAUUGUAUGUUAACUACUGUGGGCGAAUCUUACUAACCAAUCUAAUCACGUGCCAGGUCACAUAUACAACAGUAAGGAAUAUAAUUAGCCCGGACAACCGGACCCGUCUACACAGAUAGAAAUC